UGCCUCGAACUGGAGACAAACAUCACUCUAGUUUCCUAUCAAUUAUCAUCAAGCCAUGGUUUUAAAAUCAGUUGUAUUCAUCCUUUUCGCGGCGAUCGCUGCCACUACUGGUUUCCCAUCGGAAAAAAUCGUCGGCGGACAAUACGCAGAGGAACACCAAUUCCCCUAUCAGAUCGCUCUUUUUCACUUGGGCAAUUUCCGCUGCGGAGGCUCGAUUAUCGAUGAGCAGUGGGUACUUACCGCUGCUCACUGUGUUCUGGAUGGAUCCCAGAAAAUUCCCCCAUCUACCUUAUUAGUCUACGCCGGAUCGUCAAACCUGGAAGGAGAAGGUAACUACUUCGAGGUUGAAGACACUUUUGCUCACGAGUUGUACGGAGCUUUUCAAAAUGACAUUGCACUGAUCAAGCUGAAGCAGAAAGUCCACUUUGACGAGAGCAUGCAGAAAAUCGAGCUGUGCAGUGAGGAGCUGCAAGAAUCGGAUGCAGUAGUUAUUUCGGGUUUUGGGCGCGUCGGAACCAAUAUGCCCGUUUCGGAACAGUUGAAAUACAAUACGAUGUACGUGUUGCGGGAAAAGAACUGCUACGCAAGCACCGGCAUGGUAAAUGGAGGUUUGAUCUGCUUGAACAGCGGCGUAGACAACGGGGCUUGCAAUGGCGAUUCCGGAGGUCCAGCCGUGUUCGAAGGAAAACUUGCUGGUGUGGCCAACUUUGUGAUCGAUGGAUGUGGAACCAGUAAUCCGGACGGGUACGCAAAGGUUUCGUACUAUGUCAACUGGGUCGAGGAAACCAUGGCAAAGCAUUAUUGAUUUGGCGUUUUUAACCGCGUGUUAGAAAAACUUCUGCUGUGUUUACGAUGAAGAUAUAACGAAACCAUACCACCAGUUUUCAAGGGAUCAAAUCUGAAGAACCACCUAAAGUAACAUUUUGAUGGCCAAUUAGUCUUGUAGUGGUUCCAAGAAUCAUAAUAAAACAUUAUACCUUUUCUUUUGGUAUUAUAAUGGUUCUAAAAACCUCUUUUGGUCUAUUUGACUAAAUGUUACUUGGGAAACGACGGUUUGCGUUGAAUAGAUCGAUUAAUCAUAUAUACACUACCCGCCAAUAAUAUGGAAUCGUUGCAAUACUCAGUAUUGCAGCACCCAAAAAGUUUGGCAUCACCCAAAAUAAGGAGAAAAAAUAGAGUAAACCUAGAACCAAUUAGGUUGUGGGUACGAAUUGCAUUUUGAAAGAGAAUUAGAGGGGUCAUAAAUGAUUUGUGCCUUAAAGACCUGAAAUAAUCACAUUUUAGGGUGAUGCCAAACUUUUUUGGUUGCUGCAAUAUUCAGUAUGAGUGUUGCAAUAUGCGAUUCCAUAUUUAUGGCGGGUAGUGUAAUAGCUGGUAACCAAACGAUCACCUUUUUAGCAUAAACCGUUCUUUGGGUUUGAAAAUUCGGGGAGUGGCUUUGUUAUAUCCUCACUAGACCGAUGCAAAUUUUGAAAUUUUCGCUACCCUAGGCUUAAACGAUGAUAAUUAGGGUGCUGAUCAGAUCAUCCUACCAAAAUUUGAAAUUAUUGGAAUCAGAUUUGACUGAGCACACGUCAUUUAAGGAUCAAACCGAUAUUGAUUCAUAUAGUUUACAUUGCCAUCUAUAAAAGUGCCAAAGACACAUGACACGUAAAUCCUAUGGAAAAAUUGUUAUUCAAUAAAAUUUGAUUUUAAAUCUUUA